AUGUUCAUGAGCGGGUACUCCCACUUUUUCUUAUCUCAUCGAAUAGUUGGCGUUUUCUGUGUGUCAAUGUCUUGUGGUUGGGGUUUGACUUUUGGAUGGUAUAUUGCUGUGGAGCCAUCUACUUACUUCAUCUCUGUGACUUGUUCGCGGACCGAAGUAUUAAGACGAAACAGUGAUGUCAAUCUUCAGCUCAUCUCUUGCGAGAACGUGACCAUCCUGGUGAAGUAUGGGUACACGAGGGUCCGUGUGUAUGAGUUGCUGAUCUUUUUAGUUGGUGUCCCCUCUUCGAGUUUCAAGGUUCCACCUUGUGCUUUGGUAUCUCAGAGUCGUUGGCGUGUUGUUGCAGAUGUGAUGGGAGUGGUCUUUGUCUCCAUGUCUGUUGCAGUUUGGCGUUGUGUUUUCUGCCAGAUUAGAUUCCUGUGGGAUUGUGGUUACGCCUAUAUGGUUGUGGUUUCCUCAAGUUCUUGUUUGGUUCUUAUGGUUUUUAAUCUGUGCUUGUUUCAGUUUCUCUUGAACCCAUCGUUUGAUUGA